AUGACUGAGAAAAACCACACUAUGCUGCCUGAAUUCUUCCUUUUGGGGUUUUCGGACCUCAGAGACCUACAGGGCCCCCUGUUUUGGGUAGUGCUUCUUGUCUACCUGAUCACCUUGUUGGAUCACUCCCUCAUCAUCAUCCUCACACAAGCCAGCCCCGCCUUGCAUUCUCCCAUGUACUUUUUCCUUCGCCAUCUCUCCAUGGUGGAGAUUCUCUACACCACCACCAUAGUGCCCAGGACACUGGCAGACCUGGCUUUCUCAUUCCCCAGGGUCAUCUCUUUCCAGGGAUGUGUAGCCCAGAUGUAUGUCUUCAUUGUCCUAGGCAUCUCAGAAUGCUGUUUGCUCACAGCCAUGGCCUAUGACAGGUAUGCUGCCAUCUGUCGGCCCCUACACUACUCCACACUCAUGAGUCAACAGGCCUGUAUGGUCAUGGUGGCCACCUCCUGGCUUAUGGGCAUCAUCACAGCCACUACCCAUUCAUCCCUCAUCUUCACUCUGCCUUUCCCCGCCCACCCAGUCAUCCCACACUUCCUCUGUGACAUCCUGCCAGUCCUGAGGUUGGCAAGCACUGGAAAGCGCAAGAGUGAAAUCUCUGUGAUGGCAGCCACCGUGGUCUUUAUAAUGGUCCCCUUCUCACUGAUUGUUACUUCAUAUGCCUGUAUUCUGAGUGCCAUCCUGACUAUUACUUCAACACAAAGCCGCCAAAAGGUCUUCUCUACCUGCUCCUCCCACCUGCUUGUGGUCUCACUCUUCUUUGGAACAGCCACUAUCACCUACAUUCAACCCCAAGCAGGUUCCUCUGUCAUCAGAGAUCGAGUCCUCAGUCUCUUCUACACAGUCAUCACACCCAUGCUGAACCCCAUCAUCUACACCCUUCGAAACAAGGAGGUGACAGGAGCCCUGCAACACAUGAUGAAAAGACAGGUCCUUUCACUCUGA